AUGUCUGAGCUCGCGUGGAGCGAAGAUCAGUUGACCAGUGUGCUUCUGAGCACUCUCGACGCUGACCCCAACAAUCAAGAGGAGCUCUCCCGCUACCAGCCAGCCCUCGACGCGUUCGCGAACAGCAAACCCCUCGAAGAGCUCGAGGUGGAAAAUGAGGGAAUUUGGAAAGAAUACCAAGCCCAGUCGUCCACGUCUGGUCAGUCUGCGGACGAGGCCAACGAUGGCAUCAAAAUCCCUUCAACCGAAGAACUGAUUUCCCGCUACAACUGGACACAGGAGGAUGUCGAGCGUGGAUACAAGGGCGGCCCCGUCAAGUUCCAAUACUUCGAGAACCCCGACUCUGAUGGUCAUAAUCAUAAUGAGGAGGAGAUAGUGGUGGUGGAAAAGGAGGUGGACGUCAUCAGCAUCGCCAGCUCUGUGGAGAGCCCCAACGAUAUGAUACCCACAAACUCGUCCACCGACUCCGGCCAGCUGCCAGAGACUGCCACCAUCAUCUCUUCUUCUCCUGCAGGCGCCAGCACUAUUUCAUCCAUGAGCACGCCCACCGACUACAGCAUGCUGUCGGACACUGGUACCAACGUCUCUUCUUUUACAAGGGCCAGCACCAUGAUAUCCACAGACUGGCCCUCCGAGUCCAGCCUGCUGUCAGAGUCCGCUAGCAGCAUCUCUUCGUCUCCAUCAAGCGUCAGCAGCAUGGUAUCCACGGUCUCGCGGCCCUCCGACUCCAGCGAGCUGCCAGAGUCUACUAUCAGCGCCGACUCUUCCCCUGCGCAGAGCCCCAGUGCCACGAGCACUCCCAGCGACUCCAGCGAGCUGCCAGCGCCUGAUAUGAGCGUCAACUCUUCCCCAGCGCAGAGUGCCAGAGCUACGGGACCCGCGAACUUGAUCAAUAAUUCCAACCAGCUGCCGGCCCCUGCUCUCAGCACCUCGUCUCUUGCGCAGAGCAUCAGAUCCAUGCUACUCGCCAACUAUCAGCCCACCGUCCCCACCCAGCGGCCACUUCCUGAUAUCAGCACCUAUCAUCCCCCCCAGGGUACACUGGCGCCCAUGGACAUACUCCUCGACCCUACCAAGCUGAGAGCUCCGUACACCUUUCGCGCCGCGGCCCAGCCCUCGAAGGAAGCAUCCAUGGACCUUCCAACCCGCCCCGCGCAGCCACAGCCACAGUCGGCACCCAUGGGCCCGCCAACCUGUCCCGCGCAACUCCCCCCAGCUCAGCAGCAGCCCUCAACCCCAACUCCCACAAUCUACUCCUCCCCCGCGCCACGCGCCCAAACAAUCAUAACCACCCCGAACGCCCCAGGCGCUCUCCCAUCCCCCCUCCUCAGCGCCUCCACCCCCAAAGUCCCAGCCCAAGAAUCCCCCUGCGUCGCGCGAGCCGCCCGCAAGAGACGCGCCGCCGCCAUCCACCCCACCGCCGUCGCUCCCCCCACCGACAACAACAGCAAUAACGACGACAAAAACAAUUUCGAACCCCAAAUGGGCAUCGAGCGCUUCCUGAUGCAGGCGUUCCCGGACGAGGUUACCCCGCUGCAGAAGCGGCGUGUGUUGAACGCUAGUCCGCUUGGUGAGCGCAUUCGCUAUUGUCGUGCGCCGACGGCGGAUAUGGCGUAUGGGGGGAGGAAGCUGAGCGUGCGCUCGUUGCGGGGCAUGAUUUUUGCGGCUAGGUUGGCGGAGGCGAGGAGGGUAGAGAAGGCUGCGAGGGCGGCGAGGGCUGCGAGAUGUGUGGUUGUUUCUGCGCAGGGUGCUGCGGACCAGGACGUUACUAUGGUGGAUGUUUAG